AUGGAGGAAGACCUCCGUGCCCAGGUGGGCGCCAAGGAUCAACCCGUCGAUGCAGUCAAUGACGUCCAGGUCCAGAUUGACCUCACCGAGCGACGUACACCCAUAAAUACCCAACAAGUCUCUGCCGUAAUUACCGCAGAAAAGUUGCAAGAGGCUCCUAAGCAACGCCGCGGCAGAAGCCGCCGUGUUGAAAACGAGUCUGAAGACGAACUCAGCGCAGAACUUAAUGCCCGCAAAGAUCAAUGUUAG